UCUACCUGUUUAGUGGCUAAAGAUGGCUGAAGCUCCUCCAUGGCCCAGUCGGUUCUUCUGUCAUAGAUGCUCCGCAGAGAUUAGUCCUCGACUUCCCGAGUAUACAUGUCCAAGAUGUGAGUCAGGGUUCAUUGAGGAGCUGCUGGAGGAGAGAAGUGCUGACAAUGGCUCCAUGUCUACCAUCUCCAGUGGGCCCCAGAACCAGCAACCAUUUGAGAAUGCGGACCAGCACUUGUUUACGUUCCCUUCGGGCUAUGGUCAGUUUGCCCUGGGUGUCUUUGAUGACAGUUUUGACUUUGGGGCUGGACUGGGAACAGAAGACAACCGGGAUGCUGAAAACAGGAGAGAAAGGGAAACUGCAUCACGGCAACGAUAUGGUGCCAGGCAACCGAGGAGUCGUCAUGGUUCAAGACGACAAGCAGGGAGGCAUGAGGGAGUUCCCACUUUAGAAGGAAUCAUUCAGCAGCUAGUGAAUGGAAUAAUUGCACCUACUGCAAUGCCAAAUAUUGGUGUUGGACCCUGGGGUGUUCUUCAUUCAAAUCCCAUGGAUUAUGCCUGGGGUGCUAAUGGACUAGAUGCAAUUAUAACACAGUUAUUAAACCAGUUUGAGAACACGGGACCUCCACCUGCAGAUAGAGAUAAAAUAAAAAGUCUUCCUACAGUACAAAUUACAGAUGAGCAUGUUGCUUCAGGGCUGGAAUGUCCAGUGUGUAAAGAAGAUUACAGUGUUGGAGAAAAUGUGAGGCAGCUCCCAUGCAAUCACAUGUUUCACAAUGAUUGCAUAGUACCCUGGCUGGAACAGCAUGACACUUGUCCAGUGUGCAGGAAAAGCUUAAGUGGACAGAACACAGCAACAAACCCUCCAGAACUAUCAGGGAUGAACUUUACCUCCUCCUCUUCCUCCUCUUCAUCCUCCUCUACCCCUCAAUCCUCAACUUCGACCAGCAAUGAGAACUCCACUGAUAACUCUUAGAGAAACAUUUGUCCUUAUUCCUAGGCUGCUAUACUUAAGAGCGGUGACCUCCAGUCUCACCCUGUCCUAGGGUAGAGACCUGAGUGCAUCUCGCUAGGAGCACUCAAGCCUGACUCAGGGGUAAGUGAUACAUGAGGUCCAUCCUGUUGCUCGCACCCUCAUCAGGAAUCUAAACAAAGGAAGGGUGGAGACCCUCAAGUGCAGCUCCUGUCAGAGGGGAUGUGGAGAAGCAUGGAAACUUCAAGAGGCCCGAUCUGCCUGAAUCACCUCAUACAGGGGAGAGAAAACAAAGGAAUCCAAUGGUAGAAGACUUGGGACAACAGGACAGUCACUGUUCUUCUUUUUUUUU